GACACGUUGCGUCAGGUGGAAGAGGAACGCCAGGUUGUGGGGCCGUCCACAUGGAACCAGGGGACGCUCCAAGUCCCGCCUGACGGACUGUGUCUCUUCUACUGUUUUUUGGCAGCCCAAGCCCCAAGCUGGUGGCAAGGACAACGAAGGGACUACUUAGGUUUUUUCAAAGCGAAAAAAGUAGAGGACAAGUACAAGGCAGCCGCGCAGAAGCUCCGAGCCAAAGCCGUCCAGGCCCUGAAGGACGACGGCAAGCAAGAGCUAGGCCAGCAUCUGAAUGCCGGCCGGAAUCCAGGACACGAGGAGCUGGUGUUCUGCGCCAAGUCCUUUGGGUGCGCCAUUCUGGUGCUACCAGAGGAUGCGGACUCGCCACCCUACGUGUUUGGUGAGGGCCCCGUGGGUUUUGCCGUGAACUACGGCCUGAGCCUUGACGGGGAAGGAUUGCCACAUCAUGUGAUGCGGCAUUUAGCUGCAGGAAAGGCCCUACA